AUAGUGAUUCAUUCAAAAUGAAUGGAUUCCCGUCUGUUGGUAAGGGAAGUACAGAGUCAGGUUUGUUGCAUCGAAUAUUAAAUAUUGGAGCCACAUUAUGAAAUUCAACGGAUAUAUGAGGCUGCGUAUCGGGGAGGCGGUGGAUUUAAAACCAACAACUUUUUCAACUCGUCACACCUUUCAUAAGAAAAUCGUCCUGGAUCCUUAUAUCGUUGUUAAAGUCGAUAAUGUGAAAGUUGCACAGACCAACAAACCGACCUUCAAUGAUGAAUUCUGCCCAUACAUCUCAAAUGGCAAGGAGCUGGAACUGGCUGUUUUCCAUAACACUCCAAUAGGAUACGACGAUUUUGUCGCCAAUUACAGAAUCCAGCUUGAUGAAUUGAUAACGUCGUCAAACACAAGACAAACGUUUGAAGGAUGGGUGAAUCUGGAACCAGAGGGAAGUGUCUAUAUCACCAUCUCUCUCACCGGCUCCUUUACAGAUGAUGAAGCUGUGAAUGGACUGAGACCCCAUAAAAUGUUUACAAGAGAAGGGCAAAAAGCUUUGAAGAAAAGAAAGGUCCACCAAGUCUAUGGACAUAAAUUUAUGGCAACCUUCCUUCCGCAGCCUACGUUUUGCUGCCAUUGCAAAAACUUCAUCUGGGGUGUUUUUGGAAAGCAAGGUUAUCAGUGUCAAGUGUGUGCAUGUGUGGUUCAUAAGAGGUGUCAUGAUUUGGUUGUCACUGAGUGUACACGUAUGAAGAAAGAUUCAGAUGAGGGCCAAAGACAGGGCUUUGGCAUCAACCUACCCCACCAGUUUAGAGAGCACAACUACAAAGUUCCCACAUACUGUAACCACUGUGGAUCUUUACUUUAUGGCCUGAUAAAACAGGGUCUCCAAUGCAAGAGUUGCAAGAUGAACAUUCACAAACGCUGCGAAGAGAAUGUUGCACUUAACUGUGGGGUGAACAGUGCUGAGUUGGCCAGCAAAUUGUCAGAAAUUGGAAUGCUCAACACGCUUUCCAAACGAAAGGCUCAGAGUUCCCUGCACAUGACAGGAAUAAGAGGUCAGAACUCCAUUAUAAGCAUACAGACAACGUUUGAGGAGCCAGUGGAAGAGACUGUUAAAGUUGUUCUGGAAGACUUCAGUUUUUUGCAGGUGUUGGGAAAAGGCAGCUUUGGCAAGGUGAUGUUGGCUCGUCUAAAAAGUGACCACCGGGUGUUUGCUGUAAAAAUGCUGAAAAAGGAUGUCAUACUGCAAGAAGAUGAUGUGGAAGCAACCAUGAUUGAGAAGAGAGUGCUGACUCUGGCCCACCAGCAUCCAUUUCUUACACAGCUCUACUAUUGCUUUCAGACUGCGGAGCGGUUAUUCUUUGUCAUGGAGUUUGUGAAUGGUGGGGACCUCAUGUUCCACAUCCAGAAGUGCAGGCGUUUUGAUGAGCCACGAGCACGGUUUUAUGCCGCAGAGAUCAUUUCGGCCCUCAUGUUCCUUCACUCCAAAGGCAUCAUUUACAGGGACCUUAAACUGGACAAUAUUCUCCUGGACAGAGAUGGCCACUGCAAACUGGCAGAUUUUGGCAUGUGCAAAGAGGAUAUACGUGAUGGAAAACUAACUAGUACCUUCUGUGGGACUCCAGAUUACAUUGCACCUGAGAUCAUCCUGGAGGAGCUGUAUGGUGUAUCAGUGGACUGGUGGGCUCUGGGGGUGCUGCUUUAUGAGAUGCUGUCGGGUCAUGCUCCAUUUGAAGCAGAGACUGAGGACGAGCUGUUUGAGUGCAUCCUCAAAGAUGAGGUCAUUUAUUCAUCCUGGCUCAGCAAUGAGGCAGAGGACAUCCUUAGAGGAAAAUAAAAUAAUCUCCUCAUCUCCUUGUUUAUGACUACACGUCAUUAACUGUGUGUGAAACUGUAAGGACCAGGACUGUUUGGCAAUUAUGCUAAUUAAAAUAAAACCAGAGCAAUGAAGUCUGUAGCUUAAUUACACAAAAAAGCCUUGUAGCUCGACUUCAGAUGUAAAGGCACUCACAGACACCACUUGAAUGAAAUCCAUUGUUUUGCACAACAAGUACAUUUGUCUGACUUUUACUGGACAAAUAUCUUUACUUUUACUCUAAGGACACAACCCCAGUGUAUUGACUUACAU